AACAGGUAAAAGGUGCUCAACGCCAAUUGUACUUCCUCGGCGGGAAAGCGAUAUUUUUGGGGCCAAAAUAUAUAUCCAUAUAUAAAAAAAGAAAGCCACAGCUCACCUCUCCCUCCAAAUUCCCCCAAAUCCCCAUUUAAAACCCUAAACUCUGGUUUUUGUUUCCUUUCUCUCCUCCCCAUAACCCCACAUUUCCACGCCCCAACAGUUCCUCCCAUCGAUGGCAUUUCCCGAAAAAGGAGAUGAGGAAGACGCCGACACUCCGAUUCGCUACGUUUCCUUGGACCGUGUCUACUCCUCCGCUUCUCUUUGCGUAAGCGCCACUAACUCAUCCAACGUCAUGUCCAAGAAGGUCAAAGCUCGUAAACUCAUCGUCGACAACGAUCACCCCCUCAAAACCCACAAUCCCCCGGUCGUGCAUGUCUACUCUCGCCGCCUUAAAAGGCCUCGCCAAUGCGUCUCUUUCUACGACUCCUUGCUCGAAGGAGAGAGCCAAAAAACAGCCAUCAAAAGUGAAAUUGAUGAGAGUUUGAGGAAAAAGAGGAGGAUUGGGAGUAAUGAGUUAGCCAAUUUAGGGAUUGAUUCGAGUGUUUUGUGUCAGUCGGAUCGCCCGCGUUUGAGGGAUUGUAGAAAUAAUUGUAGUGUGAAUAAUAAUGUGAAUAGUAAUUCUAUUAAGAAAAGGAAGCAUAAUUCUACUCUGAACUCUCAGCGGGGUUUCACUGCUUCUGCUACUGCUAAGAAAUGGGUCAGGUUGAGUUUUGAUGGUGUUGAUCCAAAAGCAUUCAUUGGAUUGCAAUGCAAGGUUUUUUGGCCUUUGGAUGCUGAUUGGUACUUGGGUCGAGUUGUUGGGUACAAUUUGGAGACUAAUAGACAUCAUGUUGAAUAUGUUGAUGGAGAUGAGGAGGAUUUGAUUCUUUCUAACGAGAGACUGAAGUUUCAUGUUUCUCAUGAAGAGAUGGAGCGCUUGAACUUGAGUUUCAGUGUUGAUAGUACAAAAGAUGAUGACCAUGAUUAUGAUGAGAUGGUUGCAUUGGCUGCCAGUCGAGAUGACUGUCAAGAACUUGAACCUGGGGAUAUUAUAUGGGCAAAACUUACUGGUCACGCAAUGUGGCCAGCAAUUGUGGUAGAUGAAUCACUUCUUGGUGACCGUAAAGGUUUGAGCAAGAUUUCUGGUGGAAGAUCAGUUCCAGUGCAAUUUUUUGGCACCCAUGAUUUUGCAAGAAUCAAAUUGAAACAGGUGGUCUCAUUUCUUAAGGGACUUCUUUCAUCAUUCCAUCGAAAGUGCAAGAAACCUCGUUUUUCUAGGGGCUUGGAGGAAGCCAGACUCUUUCUUUGUGAACAGAAGCUUCCAAGAAGAAUGUUACAACUGCAAAAUGGAAUUGUUGUGGAUGGUGGUGAAGCAAGUAGUGAAGAUGAAGGAGGUAAAGAUUCUAUUGAUGAUCACCUAAAAAAAGAUCAGGGGAUUCAGAUAACUCUUGGUGGACAUGGAGGUUCUUCUUAUGUAAUAGGAGACUUACAAAUAAUUAACCUAGGAAAAGUUGUCAAGGACUCAGAAUAUUUCCAAGAUGAUGGGAUAAUUUGGCCUGAAGGGUACACUGCUGUGAGGAAGUUUACUUCAGUAAAAGAUCCUAGUGUUUGUACCUUGUAUAGGAUGGAGGUGCUGAGGGAUCCUCAGUCAAAGAAUCAUCCUCUAUUUAGGGUGACAAGUGAUGAAGAGAAGUUUGAAGGACCAGACCCAUCAGCUUGUUGGAAUAUGAUUUAUGAAAGGAUAAGAAAGAGGCAUAAUGAUUCUUCUGAUUGCAAGGCUGGAAAAGGAAGACUCUUUGAACCUGGUGCUGACAUGUUUGGUUUCUCAAAUCCUGAAGUUACAAAACUAAUACAGGGGUUGUCAAAAUCCAGACUUUCUUCAAAGUUCUCGGCAUUCAAGUUGGCCUCUGGAAGAUUUCGAGACCUACCUGCUGGUUAUAGACCUGUUCGUGUUGACUGGAAAGACUUAGAUAAGUGUAGUGUCUGCCACAUGGAUGAGGAGUAUGAGAACAAUCUAUUCCUCCAGUGUGACAAAUGCAGAAUGAUGGUCCAUGCUAGAUGCUAUGGCGAACUUGAGCCUCUUGAUGGUAUUCUAUGGUUGUGCAACUUAUGCCGCCCUGGGGCUCCUGAGUCCCCUCCGUCUUGCUGUCUUUGCCCUGUUAUAGGGGGUGCAAUGAAGCCUACGACUGAUGGCCGUUGGGCUCAUCUGGCUUGUGCCAUUUGGAUACCUGAAACAUGUCUAUCUGAUGUCAAGAGAAUGGAACCCAUUGAUGGACUAAAUAGAAUCAGCAAGGACCGCUGGAAACUGCUGUGUAGUAUCUGUGGUGUAUCUUAUGGAGCUUGUAUUCAAUGUUCAAACCCUACAUGUCGGGUAGCAUAUCAUCCACUCUGUGCACGUGCUGCAGGUCUCUGUGUUGAGCUUGAAGAUGAGGACAGAUUGUUCCUCCUCUCUGUAGAUGAAGAUGAUGAAGAUCAGUGUAUUCGUCUACUUUCCUUUUGCAAGAAGCAUAGGCAGCCAUCUAAUGAUCGGGUAGCUUCUGAUGAACGAUUUGGCAGAAUAGCACGACGUUGUUCUGAUUAUACUCCACCUCUUAAUCCUUCUGGUUGUGCUCGGACCGAGCCUUACAGUCAUUUUGGAAGAAGAGGCCGGAAAGAACCUGAAGCCCUUGCUGCUGCGUCUCUAAAGCGCUUGUUUGUAGAGAAUCAACCCUACUUGGUUGGUGGCUGCUGCCAACAUGGAAUGUCAGGCAGCACAGUGCCUAACAAUAGAGUCAGUGGUAUCAAAUUCUCUUUUAGUCUUAACAAGCUUAAAGCCCCCCAGCUCGAUGCUCCUAACAACAUUCUCUCUGUGGCUGAGAAGUAUGAUUACAUGAAGCAGACUUUUCGAAAGAGACUGGCAUUUGGGAAAUCAGGAAUUCACGGGUUUGGAAUCUUUGCAAAGCAUCCACAUAGGGCAGGAGACAUGGUGAUUGAAUAUACUGGUGAACUUGUUAGACCUUCUAUAGCUGAUAGGAGGGAGCAUUUCAUAUACAACUCAUUAGUGGGUGCUGGGACUUAUUUGUUCCGAAUUGAUAAUGAAAGAGUGAUUGAUGCCACUAGAGCAGGGAGCAUAGCACAUCUAAUCAAUCACUCGUGUGAACCAAAUUGCUAUUCAAGAGUUAUUAGUGUUCAUGGCGAUGAGCAUAUUAUCAUUUUUGCAAAGAGAGAUAUUAAACGAUGGGAAGAGCUGACAUAUGAUUAUAGAUUCUUUUCCAUUGAUGAGCGUUUGGCAUGUUACUGUGGUUUUCCAAGAUGCCGGGGUGUUGUUAAUGAUACUGAAGCUGAGGAGCAAGUCUCAAAGAUAUUGGUAAACCGCGGUGAAUUAAUACAAUGGACUGGAGAAUGAGAGAGUGCCAGUGAAAUCCUUCGAACUCAUAUUGAGAUGCCAUGUUGGAACUUGGACCUCUGGUUCUAACUCCUGUCCUCCAUCUCACACUUGUACCAUUGUUUUUCCAUUAUCUGUUAUUCCGAGUGAUUCAGCUUAUUAUUUAUCCUCAUCAAGCUGGUUCUUCUCGGAUCGGAUUAACAAUUUCGGAAGAUGUUAUCUAAAUUUUUUCAACUUCCCGGAUGAAAAGAGGAAGGUAAGAUAUUUCGGCUGAGCCUAACUCGAGUUUUUCUUGUCUUUUCAAUGUGUAACAUGGCAUUUCUAGGUAACAGUUACAUUAACCAUUUGUAUAAAAAAAAAAAAAAAGGGAAAUUGAGUAAGAUUAUUAGUAAAGAUGACUUUGAAUAGUAUGUUGGGACAUUGAUUGUAAUUUGUAUGCCUCAACCGAUUGUUAAAUUGUUUGUGUUUAGCUUGUCCCAACUAUUGAGUAAAACUUGUAAGAAGAGGAGAGUCAUUGGAGUGAUGAAAUCAUCAUAUACUCUUGUACUUGCACAUUGUUGUUGUGGUGUUUAAAAGUGACAAGUCACAUCUUUGAA